ACAGAGUAAAAGUAGACGUGUUUACGCUGGCCGCUGGCUGUGUUUUUUCGCUGCCCGUUUUUGUUUAGAAGAUGUGACUUGGAGUGAUUUUGUACAGGAAAGUUGGAUCCACGUGACUGCUGUUCAUGAUAUUUCGUUCACUUGGAGCGACGCAGUGAUGCAGAGUGGAAAGGAUCGAAUUAGGAAUGAAACUUGGAUUGCGCGCUGGCAUGGCACGUCAGGUGUUUCGACGCUUGGAUAGACGCUGUUUCUUUCUGUCAUGGUGCCAGUUUCCGUAUCAGUGAGUUCGCCUGGAGCACUAUGGAGAGAAGAAAGAGACUUUUCUUGUAUCUUCUCUUCGCGGCGCAGCUCUGCCUGAGCUCAGCACAAGUCCUCAGAAUCGGUGGUAUUUUUGAGACCCGGGAGAGUGAGUUAGUGAGUAUGGACGAGCUGGCUUUCAAGUUUGCAGUAAAUAACAUAAACCGCAAUAAGACCCUGAUGCCCAACACUACUCUCACCUACGACAUCCAGAGGAUCAACCUGUUUGAUGGCUUUGAGGCUUCCAGGAGAGUGUGUGACCAGCUGACUCUCGGAGUGGUUGCUGUGUUCGGCCCUUCUCACAGCUCCUCGGUCAGUGCCGUUCAGUCCAUCUGCAACGCCCUAGAAGUCCCUCACAUUCAGACCCGCUGGAAACACCCGUCAGUGGACAACAAAGACACCUUCUUCAUCAACCUGUAUCCCGAGUAUUCUGCCAUCGCCAGGGCCAUCCUGGACGUGGUCACUUUCUUCAAAUGGAGGAAGCUAACGGUGGUAUAUGAGGACAGCACAGGCCUUAUGCGGAUGCAGGAGUUGAUCAAGGCUCCGGCAAAGUUCAACCUUAAGAUCAAGAUCCGCCAGCUGACCCCGGGUAACCAAGAUGCCCGACCUCUGCUUAAGGAGUUGAAGAAAGACAAAGAAUUUUUUAUUCUCUUUGACUGCUCCUAUCGCAUGGCUGCGGAGCUCCUGAAGCAGCUUUCAUCAAUGGGAAUGAUGACCGAGUACUACCAUUUCUUCUUCACGACUUUGGAUUUGUUUGCCCUGGACUUGGAGCCGUACCGCUACAGCGGGGUGAACAUGACAGGCUUCAGACUGCUGAACGUGGAUGACCCGUGGGUAGCCUCCACAAUGGAAAGGUGGGCCAUGGAAAGACUGCAGGGUCCCAAACAAGAGAGUGGCCUGAUGGACGGAAUCAUGACUACGGACGCAGCCUUGAUGUACGACGCAGUGUUCAUGGUUGCUGUUGCGUCACAGCGAGCCACUCAGAUGACCGUCAGCUCCCUGCAGUGUCACCGUCACAAACCUUGGCGCUUCGGACCACGCUUCAUGAACCUCUUCAAAGAGGCACAGUGGCAUGGACUGACAGGGCACAUUGUUCUUAAUAAGACGGAUGGCCUGAGGAAAGACUUUGAUUUGGACAUCAUCAGCCUCAAAGAGGAUGGCACUACCAGGGGUGUUGUGGAGGGCGGAAGUCUCCUCACGAAAAGGUGGAUCAAGAUUGCUGUGUGGAACUCGUACAGGGGGAUGAACCUGACAGAGUCCAACCGAGAAAAGAAUAACAAUGUGACAGACUCUCUGGCUAACAGGACUCUUAUUGUGACCACGAUACUGGAAAAUCCAUACGUGAUGCAAAAAAAGUCAGACAAGGAGCUGGUCGGGAACGAUCGUUUUGAGGGUUACUGCCUGGACCUUUUAAAAGAGCUCUCCAACAUCUUGGGUUUUACAUACGAAGUCAGACUGGUGGCUGAUGGGAAAUAUGGAGCCCAGAAUGACAAGGGAGAGUGGAAUGGGAUGGUCCGGGAGCUGAUUGACCAUGUUGCAGACCUUGCUGUGGCUCCCUUGACCAUCACCUACGUUAGAGAGAAAGUCAUCGACUUCUCCAAGCCCUUCAUGACCUUAGGUAUCAGCAUCCUGUACCGCAAACCUAAUGGCACCAAUCCGGGCGUGUUCUCCUUCCUUAAUCCCCUGUCUCCUGACAUCUGGAUGUACGUGCUGCUAGCCUGCACAGGAGUUAGCUGUGUGCUCUUUGUGAUUGCCAGGUUUACUCCUUACGAGUGGUACAACCCACAUCCAUGCAACCCAUCCUCGACUCUCAUACAGAACAAUUUCACUUUACUCAACAGUUUCUGGUUUGGCGUUGGAGCUCUCAUGCGGCAAGGCUCAGAGCUGAUGCCCAAGGCUCUGUCGACUCGUAUAGUUGGGGGUAUCUGGUGGUUCUUUACCUUAAUCAUCAUCUCUUCCUACACGGCCAACUUGGCUGCCUUCCUCACUGUGGAACGAAUGGAUGCACCAAUCGACUCAGCAGACGACCUGGCGAAGCAGACCAGGAUUGAAUAUGGGGCAGUGAGGGAUGGAUCCACCAUGACCUUCUUCAAGAAAUCAAAGAUCUCCACCUAUGAGAAGAUGUGGGCGUUUAUGAGCAGCCGGAAGAACACUGCAUUGGUUAAAAACAACAGGGAAGGCAUCACCCGGGUCCUGACGACAGACUACGCCAUGCUGAUGGAGUCCACCAGCAUCGAGUACAUCAGCCAGAGAAACUGUAACCUCACACAGAUCGGAGGUCUCAUAGACUCCAAGGGCUACGGCGUGGGAACGCCUAUCGGUUCUCCAUACAGGGAUAAAGUGACCAUAGCCAUCCUUCAGCUGCAGGAGGAAGGGAAGCUGCACAUGAUGAAGGAGAAGUGGUGGAGAGGCAAUGGCUGUCCAGAGGAGGACAACAAGGAAGCCAAUGCCCUGGGCGUGGAAAACAUCGGCGGUAUCUUCAUUGUCCUGGCUGCUGGUCUGGUGCUCUCUGUGUUCGUGGCUAUCGGGGAGUUCAUCUACAAGGCGCGCAGGAAUGCUGAUAUAGAAGAGUGCGUGUCUUUUAGCACCAUGAUGGAGGACUUGGGCAUCUCCCUGCAGUGUUACAAAGGCAUCCGGAGGAGGUCACAACCCCACAGCGGAACGAGACCAGCUUGCAUCUUCUGUCAACCCAAACGCACUGCAAGGAGGGAGGGAAUGAGGCGGGACUCCAGCACGUGAGCCUUGGAUCUAAAAACUGAUGGAACGUAGAUCAGAGACUGCUAUUUGAUCGCUUUCCACUCCUCAGAUUUGUUUGUGGACCACCGAAUGAUAUGAAGUUGUUUCCUCAUCACCCCUGUCUUUUUACUAUUAUGUGUUUGGCUAAUACAUUAAGCAUUUACUGUAGAUGUAAAAACAUUAAUAAUGUUAAAACGUGAGGACUGUGAGAGUGAAAGCUCUCAUAGUAUAAACGAUUGCUGUUCCCUCAUGGUUGUAUUUCACUAUUAUGAGCAGUUUGCAGAGUUGAAUCUGCACACUUUAUAGAUACUCCCAUCGUGUGACAACUUCACUGAUUUUCAGAGUAAAAAGAUUUUUGCAUCUUUUAAA